AUGGGGGAACAGAAAACAAUACUGGCGAGUUCAAAAGGUGAGCUGAAACGUAAAGAGAAGCAACUGAAGAAAUCGAAAUCGGGUGGCUUCGAGUCGUUGAAGCUUAGUCCAGAUGUUUAUCGAGGAAUUAAACGGAAAGGUUACCAGGUCCCGACGCCGAUUCAGCGUAAAUGUAUGCCUCUCAUCCUUGCCGGGAACGAUGUGGUCGCCAUGGCUCGAACCGGCUCCGGUAAAACUGCAGCAUUUUUAAUCCCCAUGCUGGAGAAACUUAAGCAACAUGUACCCCAAGCUGGUGUUCGUGCUCUAAUUCUUUCUUGCUCCCGGGAGUUGGCUAUUCAAACCCUGAAAUUCACCAAAGAACUUGGCCGCUUCACAGAUCUCCGCAUCAGUUUACUUGUUGGUGGUGAUAGUAUGGAAAAUCAGUUUGAGGAGCUGGCUCAAAAUCCUGAUGUAAUAAUAGCAACUCCUGGUAGGCUUAUGCAUCAUCUGUCUGAGGUUGAUGAUCUGUCAUUGCGCACUGUGGAGUACGUUGUCUUCGAUGAAGCCGACCAACUCUUUGAGAAAGGUUUUUCAGAGCAGUUGUAUAAAAUUCUGUCGCAGCUUAAUGAAAACCGCCAAACUUUACUCUUUAGUGCGACAUUACCAAGUGCCCUUGCAGAGUUUGCAAAGGCUGGUUUGCGGGACCCCCAGCUUGUACGUCUUGACUUAGAAACCAAAAUUAGUCCUGACUUGAAGCUGACCUUUUUAACCUUAAGACAGGAAGAGAAGUAUGCUGCAUUAUUGUACCUGAUAAGGGAACAUAUUACAUCUAAUCAGCAGACUUUGGUUUUUGUUUCCACAAAGUAUCAUGUCGACUUCCUAAAUGCCUUGUGCAAGGAAGAGGGUAUUGAGGUUUCAGUAUGUUAUGGUGACAUGGAUCAAGAUGCUCGAAAGAUUCAUGUAUCAAGGUUUAGAGCUAGAAAAACUAUGAUAUUGAUAGUUACUGAUGUUGCAGCUAGGGGGAUUGACAUUCCAUUGCUUGACAAUGUUAUAAACUUCGACUUCCCAGCUAAACCUAAACUCUUUGUUCAUCGAGUAGGACGAGCUGCCCGGGCAGGUCGAACAGGAGCUGCAUUUUCUUUGUUGACUACUGAAGAUAUGGCUUACCUAUUAGAUCUUCAUUUGUUCCUGUCUAAGCCAAUCAGAGCUGCUCCUACUGAAGAAGUGGUUUUACAAGACAUGGAUGGAGUUAUGUCCAAAAUUGAUCAAGCAAUUGCAAAUGGAGAAACUGUGUAUGGACGUUUGCCCCAAACAGUGAUAGAUCUUUUGUCUGACAGAGUGAGGGAAAUUAUCGACUCAUCAGCUGAACUAUCUGCUUUACUUAGACCUUGUACCAAGGCAUUUCUUUUGUAUUCUAAAACAAAAGCAAAGCCUUCUAGGGAGUCCAUCAAAAGAGUGAAAGACCUACCACGGGAAGGGCUGCACCCAAUGUUCAGAAACCUUUUGGGUGGCAAUGAAUUAACUGCUCUCGCAUUCUCUGAACGCCUCAAGGGAUUCAGACCCAAGCAAACUAUUUUGGAGGCUGAAGGUGAAGCUGCUAAAUCAAAACAUCAAGGAUCCACUAGGCAAUGGGUUGAUGUGAUGAAAAAGAAAAGAGCUAUUCAUGAGAAUGUCAUUAGCAAAUUUCACAAGCAACAUUCAAAUGAUCAUAUCACAGAGGAAGCUGUAAUAGAAAAUAAUUCUUCUGCUGUCAAGGAGAAGCAAGUUUUUGGCUCAAAAAGGAAGGCGAAUAGCUACAUUGAUGAGGAGUGCUUCAUUAGCCCAGUACCAACAAAUCAGCAUUUUGAGGCAGGACUCUCGGUAAGAGCUAACCAGGGCUUUGAACCAAACAGGUUGGAAGCUGCUGUUAUGGAUCUGGUUGCUGAUGACAAAGAGGGGUUGAUAAAGCAGAAAUCUUCGUACCAUUGGGAUAAGAGGAGUAAGAAGUAUAUCAAGUUGAACAAUGGAGAACGUGUGACGGCCAGUGGAAAGGUUAAGACAGAAGGAGGUGCAAAAAUUAAAACUAGGAAAACUAAUUCAUAUGAGAGAUGGAAAAAUAAGACGCAUAAUAAAGUAUCUCUCAAGGGAUCUAGUUAUGAUGGUACUGCUCAGGAAUCCAGAAUCGCGUCAGGGCAGCAAAAUGGUGGAGGAAACGAUAGAUGGCUCAGAGGAAGGCAUAAGCAUCACAGUGUUCCAAAUGCUCAUGUACGUUCAGAAAUUAAGGAUAUUGAACAAGUUAGGAAGGAAAGGCAGAAAAAAGCAAGUAGAACCUCGUAUAUAAAGAGCAAAUCCAAAGGAAAGAAAUUCAAUAAAAACGGCAAAAGAGGAGGGAAGAAGACAAGGUAA